CUUUGCCUCUGCCCGGCUUCAUUCUCGUAAUUGACACCAUUUGCCCAUCAUGUCGCGGGUGAUCCGUGGCGAAGGUGACUCCUUGCAGCAGCGGGGCCAGCUGCUCUUCAGACAGGGCAACUUUCAAGACGCUCUCUCCGCAUUUACUGAAGCACUCCAUUGUAAAGGCGCUGAUGUGAUGAGCAUCUUGGACAACCGAGUCGCAACGUACAUCAAACUCAAGCAGUAUGACCGUGCUCUCCAGGAUUCUCGUCAAAUGAUCAAGAGGGACGAAAAAGAUUUAGAUGGACGGGGCGUUCUGCGAUACGGACAGACAUUGCUACUGACUGGAGAUUUCAAAAGGGCUCAGAAGGCUUAUGGGUGGGGUUUGAAGAAAUUGCCCAUGGAGAAUCCCCGUCGUAAGACUGUUCUUCAAAUGUUCUGCAAAGUGAGAGACAAAGCAUCAGUGAAGCGACUCGAUCCCUUUGCCGUAUUGCCUCUAGAAUUGGCCAUGAUGGUGUUGCGGCACUUCAAUUUCCGACAGCUUGCGAUCCUUCUACGAGUCUCCAAAGGAUGGCAGCGAAUGCUCUCACAACCAGAUCUCUGGAUGCAGCUUGAUUUCACCGAAGCCCGACGCAAGGUCCAAUGGCGCUCAUUCCGGGCCUUUGUCCAACGAUCGCGUGCCAUGCUCACCCAUGCCGUCAUGACCAAUAUCUCAAACCCUUUCCAAGACAAGAUUCUCGAAGCUUUGGGAAGAUGCCCGAAAUUGGAACACCUUGAGAUACGAGAUCCUGUCAAUCAACCUGCCGGGCUUUACGACCUGUUCAGGGCCUCGACACAGCUGAAGUCUCUGGUUAUUGGGAAACAGACACCCGUGGCUCAGGAACACAUUGCAAAGUUUCUGACAGGUCUACCUCAGCUUGAACGAAUCGAGAUAUACAAUGCGCAGCCGUCACCUGAGUCCAGAGUGAAUUGGCCUUCUCAUCUUCCGAAUUUGCGCAGUAUUGUCCUCUUCACUGAGGCGUCUAUUCCGCCGCCGGGUCGCGUAGCGGCGCUAUAUAUUCCUCCAGCUACGGAAGGAAUGCCCUGUUCGAUGCCCAGCCUUGAGGAGAUACGGCUGGACUCGUAUCCCAGAGUCUGGGCACCGUACUACCUCUCAUUCGACCCUGUUCAAUUCCCCCGACUACGAAGACUCGAUCUGAAGGGGGUAUACAUUGGCCUGUUUAGCUUACCUUCCAGCCUCGAACACCUCAGUAUCCACGCAGGCGCCGCUCCAACUGGGAAUGAAUUUCCCUUUCCUGAAGAUCAACCCCUCCACCUCCCCAAUCUCCAUACACUCAUGUUUCGUGAUCUACUUUGGGUUUCAUAUCAUACCCUUCAUACUAUCCUGGUCGACGCUAAAGCCCCCUUGCGCACUCUCAUGCUCGACCGUUGCCCAGCGCUCACACCCGAUAAACUGAAGCUUGUCUUGAAUGAGAAUUCAGUCAACCUGACUGAACUCGGCGUCCCUCAGCUUCCAAGCCUCAACGAUAUGACCGUGCAACCCUUGGUGGAGGGCAUGUCAACCCUAACCGCCUUGGACGUCUCUGGCACUGAUGUCACAGGACGUCUACUCAAAAUGCUUGCAGAUGCACGUUCAUCUGACAGCGACCUCCCCCGAAUCGAGCACCUUUACGUCCGAAAUUGCGAGAACGUCCCCCUCGAGGCGAUUACCUACGCUCGAUCCCACGGGCUCAAGGUCUUCCGAUGAUUUUAUUCUCUUUUUAAACACCGCCCAAAGCGUGCUGGCAUGCGUGGCGGGUCUAGUACUUUUACCUUUUGUGUCCCAGAGAAUGACAAUUCACUGGACCUCUUUUUUAUCAAUAUAUUCUUCCUAUGACAACAUAUUCGGGUCUGGAUGGCAGUCGUCAUGCAUGCAUCCAUUGCAUAAUUAUUAUACCCUCAAAUUGGCCAUGAUGUCUAGACUCCAUGUCACCCUUCACACACCGUGACGGAAGCAAAGGCAGAGAUUUUCUCGUCAUGACCAUGGCUCAUUUGAUAACUUUUACGCAAAAUGCAUUAUCCCGAUU